ACAUACAACCCUCAGUGGCAAACUGAUCUCCCACGCGUAUGCGCAUGCGCAAUGUACAUGUCUAGAGCAGCCGGGUACAGAGGACAGUGUGAAGGAAGCAUUUUAGCUGCUGCGGAGACUCUCCCUUUUCCCGAGUGAGCCAUGGCCCAGUUCGGGGGGCAGAAGAACCCGCCAUGGGCGACUCAGUUCGCCACUGGUGCGGUGUCCCAGCCUGGCCACUCUGGACAGUCUCUUGACCUAAACAGCUUACACUGUGAGUAUCAGACACCAAGAGAUUAUGCUCUCGGAGUGCAGCAGCCAUCGCUUCUAGGAGCUUCUCCUUCAAUGUACGCACCGCAGUCCGCCUUGGCAGCCGCCUCCCUUGGCAACCAGUCUGCAGCAAACUACCAGCUCUCCCAGCAGACCGCCGCCCUGCAGCAGCAGGCUGCAGCUGCUGCAGCCGCCGCAGCUUUGCAGCAGUCUCAGAUCAAUACUGCCCUACAGCAGUAUCAGCAGCAGCAGCAGCAGCAGCAGCAGCAGCAGCAACAGCAGCAGCAGCAGCAGCAGCAGCAGCAGCAGCAACAACAGCAGCAGCAGCAACAACAACAACAACAACAACAACAUCAGCAACAGCAACCGCCCCCACAACAACAGAUGUAUAAUGUACCCCAUCAGCAACAGCCACCACCUCCACAGCAGCAGCUGUACAAUGUCCCUCAUCAGCUUCCACAGCCUCAGCAGGCCCUGCUUUCUCAGCUUUCCCUCUCGCAGCCCUCGGGGGCCCUGCCCACCAGCCUGGGCAUGUCCAAUCAGCAGACGGCCCAGAUCACGGUGUCCUAUCCGACGCCGCGCUCCAGCCACCAACCGCAGGCCCAGCCCCAGAAGCAGCGUGUCUUCACCGGCGUGGUCAACAAACUCCACGACACGUUCGGCUUUGUGGACGAGGACGUCUUCUUCCAGCUUAGUGCGGUGAAAGGGAAGACCCCCCAGGUGGGCGACCGGGUCCUAGUGGAAGCGGUCUACAAUCCCAACAUGCCCUUCAAGUGGAACGCACAGCGCAUCCAGACUUUACCUCAGCUCUCCAACCAAUCGCAUCAGCAGCCUCCGCCGUUACCUCAGGCCUCGCAGCAGCUGGGCAACUUCUACGAGCCGCCCAUGCAGCUGCGGUACUCGGACAUGCACUCGGCGCCGGAUAACCGGCAAAACGUAAACCCUUUCCCGAACCAGCCCCCACCCAACAUGAUGAAGCAGGGCCCGCCCAUGAUGCAGUCCUUGCCUCCCCCCAACUCCUUCAACGUCCCCAACCAGGGCCCCCCACCCUCCCUGCUUCAGCCCCAGAUGUCUGCCGCCUCUCUGGCCCCUCUCCUGCAGAACCCACCCCAGCCCCUGCUGCCCCAGCCCCCACCCAAAGGGGGGGCCCCUGUGUUCGCCCCGGACGUGUUCUCCGGGGGUCUGCUCCAGCCGCCAGUGAGGAUGAUGCCCCAGCCGCAGCCCGUCAGACGCAUCGAACCGCCCCCACGCUUCCCCAACCGCAUCGACCGCGGCCCCGAGCUCAUCCUGCGGCCCAAGGAGGAGCGCAGCCGUGACAGGGAGCGGGAGCGUCGGCGGUCCCGGGAGCGAUCGCCCACCAGGAAGCGCUCCAGGGAGCGUUCCCCGAGACGGGAGCGCUCGCCCCGCAGGCCUCGCAGGGUGGUCCCUCGCUACACGGUCCAGUUCUCCAAGUUCAGCCUGGACGGCUCCAACUGCGACAUGAUGGAGCUGCGCCGCCGCUACCAGAGCCUGUACAUCCCCAGCGACUUCUUCGGCGCCGUCUUCACCUGGGUGGACGCCUUCCCCCUGCAGCGGCCCUUCCAGUUCGGCAACUACUGCAACUUCCACAUCAUGCACAAGGAGGUGGACCCGCUGGUGAAGAACACAGCCGUGCUGGACCCGCCCGACGCCAACCACACCUAUAGUGCCAAGGUGAUGCUGCUCGCUAACCCCGGUCUAGAGGAGCUCUACCACAAGUCCUGCGCUCUGGCCGAGGACCCUCAGGAACUCCGAGAUGCCUUCCAGCAUCCGGCUAGACUCAUUAAGUUCUUGGUGGGGAUGAGGGGCAAGGACGAGGCCAUGGCCAUCGGGGGCCACUGGUCCCCCUCCCUGGACGGAGCCGAGCCGGAGACGGACCCCUCUGUCCUCAUUAAGACAGCCAUACGCUGUUGCAAGGCCCUCACUGGCAUAGACCUCAGUCUGUGCACCCAGUGGUAUCGCUUUGCAGAGAUUCGCUAUCACCGGCCGGAGGAGAGUCACAAGGGGCGGACAGUCCCCGCACAUGUGGAGACAGUGGUUUUGUUUCUCCCGGAUGUGUGGCAUUGUCUUCCUACCCGCUCAGAGUGGGAGGGGCAUUCGCGGCGACUCCGGGAGCAGCUGGCCGAGAAGCUGUCGGCCGAGCGAAAGGAGGCGGAUGGAGAACAGGAGGAAGAGAAGGAGGACGAGGAAGAUGCUAAGGAGGUCACCAUACCAACCCACUGGGAUAAGCUCGACCCAAAGUCCAUGAAGGUGAACGAUCUCCGUAAGGAGCUGGACUGUCGCUCCCUGAGCUCCAAGGGGCUCAAGUCCCAGCUGAUCGCCCGCCUCACCAAGCAGCUGAAGGUGGAGGAGCAGGUGGAGGAGGCCAAGGAGCCGGAGAAACCCGAGGUCAAGGUCCCCGAGGAGGAGGAGCUCCCGCAGGAGGAGGAUAAAGAGGAGGAGGAGCGGCGGAAGCUGGAGGAGCUGGAGCGCCAGCGGCGGGAGCGGCGCUACGUGCUGCCGGAGGAGCCCACCAUCCUGGUGUACCCCAACUGGGCCGCCAAGAACGGCAAGUUCGACUGCAGCAUCAUGUCUCUGAGCGUGCUGCUGGACUACCGGCUGGAGGACAACAAGGAGCACUCCUUUGAGGUGUCACUGUUCGCCGAGCUCUUCAACGAGAUGCUCCAGCGGGACUUCGGCUACCGCAUCUACAAGGCCCUGGCCUCGCUGCCCGCCAAGGACGAGAAGAAGGACAAGGACAAGGAGAAGAAGGCCAAGAAGGAGGUGACGGUGACGGCGCUGGCGGCGGCUACUGCUACGGCUACGUCGGCAGCGACAGCGGUCGUGGUGGUGGGGGAGAAGAAGGAGGGCGGAUUGAAACGCGACAUCAAGAAGGAGAAGGAGGAGGAGAGCGAGGAGCCGGCCGGGAAGAAGACCAGGGAGGACGAGGAGAAGAAGAAGAGCGAGGAGAAGGUCCCGAACCUGAAGAAGGAGGAGUCUCGUGAGGAAGAGGAGGGUGAGGAUGAAGGCAGCACGGCCAACGCAGAGGAGUAUGACCCCAUGGAGGCCGAGGACGCCGACGAAGAGGAAGACAAUGAUAAGGAGGACGACGACUCCACUGAGAAGGAGCGCAAGGAGGAGCGCAAAGACGAGGGCAAGGCCUCCAAGGAGAGGGCCUCUAAGGACAAGGAGAAGAAGCUGAUGCUGACCUACAACAAGGAGCUGCUGAUGGCCUUUGUGUACUUUGACCAGAGCCACUGUGGCUACCUGAUGGAGAGGGACCUGGAGGAGAUCAUGUACACACUGGGGCUGCACCUCUCCCGCGCUCAGGUAAAGAAACUGUUAAAUAAGCCGGUGGUCAAAGAGUCCUGUUACUACCGCAAGCUGACGGACCUGGGGAAGGACGAGGCCCCGCCCUCCUUCAUCGACACCCAGGUGGAGCACCUUCUGGGCAACCGGGCGCUGCUCCCGUCCCUGACGGCUCCGCCCAUGGCCGAGUCCAGCGAGUCCGGGGGUCUGAUCGUGUUCAACGGCGCCAUGGUGGACGUGGGCAGCAUGAUGACCAAGCUGGACAAGAGCGAGAAGGCCCGGGAGGAGAUCGAGCAGAAGCUCAUCAUGCUCGACGCCAAGAUGGAUGAGGACACCAAAGCCAUGGGCAGCAUGGAGCAGGCCAACAAGGCGCUGAGCAAGGAGCUGGAGGAGGUGAAAGGCACGCUGGGCCUGACGCAGGAGACCCUGAAGACCACCGAGGAGCUGAAGACCACCUACCACCGGCAGAUCAACACGUGUGCCGGCAGCCUGACCUCCGCCGUCAAAGAGCUACUGGCCACGCUCGGAAAGGACCCACAGGCGGAGGGGUCUCCUGAGGCAGAGAGCAGGGGCCCAACUCCCUCGGCUCAAACCAACGGCGGCGACAACUGAAUGAAUCUGUGAUGUGAAUCUUUCUUCCCUACUUGUAAAUAAGCGCUUUUCGUUUCUUUUUUUAUUGUGAUUUUUUUUUUCAUUUGAUUUGAUUACACAACUAAGUUUUUGUUUCAUUCAAGUAAUUCUUUUGCUUAUUGAUGUUCUAAUUUUCUCUCAAAUGACACUUACUCAAGCUAAUUUCAUGAUUUGUGGUUUUUCAUAGCUUUGUGUGAAUGAGUACAUUUUCAUUAAAUUUUUUACUUCGACAUUGCCAUCAGGUACCACAUGUAGAUUUAUGCCAGUAUGUUGGCGUUGUACUUGAUGCCAAGAUAUUAGGUUCCCUGUUUAGCAAUAAAAAUAUAUAUAUUUAUUUGCAAGAAAAAAUAUAUUUAAAGAAAUAAAAAAACUACUUUUCAACAGCGGAUCAUGAGACACUGGCUCCAGCCGGUGUCACAAAAAACCCCACUACUUCAUGAAAUAUUCUGUUCUGUUAAAUUACUUAAUGUGUUCCAAUAAACACAUUGUACCUUUUCAGAAUUCCUCUGUUUUGCCCUGUUCCUUUAGGCCAUGACUAUGCAUGAUUCCCUUUCCACGAGAAACAUCGAUCCUCUUAAACUUUACUUGUUGCUGGCCCUUCUGGGCUAGAGCAUGGCUUUGUUCUGUCAUGUGGUGUGUUCACACUUUUAGACCUUUUUUAUAAGGGAAGAAUUCAUCUUCUGUUUGACGAGGAGGGAACUACUGACUACAUGGGAACCAAACAAUAAGCUUAAUGAAUGUCUCUUUGAUGCUGAAGGAAUUAAGAUUCAUAUUUUGAAAUUCACUUGAAGUCUGUACAUUUUAUUGUUUUGAAGUGUUGGUCAAAGAAGAGCCAAAAUCUAAUUUAAUCAGACCCUGUUGAAGGCAAUUUUUAUUUUUCUAUUGACAUUGUACUCUUUUGAUGUCUUGUGCUUGAUUAAAAUGGUUCAUUUAACACCA